UAGCGGGGAGUGUGUGCAAGAAGAGCAGGAAGGGGGGGACGAGGUUGAGUUCAGAGGAGCUGACAGACCGGAGCAGACCUCCUUCAGUCUUACUUCGGUCCUGCUUCUGGUCCUCGUUCGUGUGCUCGCCAAAAACCACCAUCGGCAGCGCGCACCGUGUCCGUAAAAAAAAAAACAAAAACCCGACGCUUGUCCCGCUGGUGAGAUGGACGUCAUUCCCAUGUGCAGCAUCUUCCAGGAGCUCCAAAUCGUGCACGACACUGGAUACUUUUCAGCGCUACCGUCCCUGGAGGAGUACUGGCAGCAGACAUGUUUGGAGCUGGAGCGCUACCUCCAGAGCGAGCCGUACGUGUCGGCGUCCGAGCUGAAGUUUGAGAGUCAGGAGGACUUAUGGAGCAAGCUGAUGUUGGCGUGCGGCGACAAGAAUGCCGACCCCAAGCUCAUCAAGGAAGAGGACGACCCCCAGCACCUGGACGUGGGCUGCUUCCAUUCGGACGCCAGCAGCGAGGCGUCGGACAGCUCCGAGGAGCUCUCCCCGGCCCUCGACUUCCCCUCCGGCUCCUUGGCGGACAUUCUCGGCGACGGCGCCGACGACCUCAGCGCCGUCGUCAUCGGCACGCCGCCGUCCUCGCCCGAGCUGGUCAAGGAGGGCUCGGCGGGCCAGGCGUGGGCCGGCGUACAGACUGUGCUGCACGCCGUCGGGAAAGGCAGAACGGGCGGCGCCGGCGCGGAGAGGGCGGUGCUCGCCAGCGGGGAGGCGUCGCCUGACGGAAGGAGGCGUGUCCACAGGUGUCUGUUCAACGGCUGCAGGAAGGUGUACACCAAGAGCUCCCACCUGAAGGCACACCAGCGUACACACACAGGUGAGAAGCCGUACAGGUGCUCGUGGGAAGGCUGCGAGUGGCGUUUUGCACGAAGCGACGAGCUGACGCGUCACUUCAGGAAGCACACCGGAGCCAAGCCCUUCAAAUGCAGCCACUGCGACAGGUGUUUUUCCCGCUCCGACCACCUGGCGCUGCACAUGAAGCGCCACAUCUAAGGCGGCGUUGGCGUGGAAGGCCCUGCGGGAUGAAUCGGGCGGAUGUUUCCUGACCUGUGCGACAAAGGCGAGGCCGGGGCGUCCCCCCUGCCCUCGUGAGGGGGGGGGGAAUCACGGCGUUCCAUUGAGUGGAAAAGCAGGAAGGAAGAGAAGAAGUCAAGGCAGGCUAUCAUUUGCACCGUGCUCAGUGCCUCGCUGUGGAGACGGCUCUUGAAUGAUGUAGUGAGGACGGGAAGAAACUCUUCUGUAUGGCUUUUUUAAUCCCCCACCCCCCACCCACCAUGGAGGAUUAUUGGGGAGUUGUAGGUGGGGGGGGUGCGUGUGUUUGGACUGUGAUGGAUGCCUGCCAUGGAGCGUGCAUGCGGACGUGCGCGUGAAUGCCGUCUAUUGUCUGCGAAUGAAUGCAGAGAGAAAGCAGAGGUGAAAGGGGCUUGUUUGUUUGUUUGCAACGAAAAAAGUGUGCCCCCUGUGACCUGGAGGUGGAACUACGGCUCCUUGCUUAUUUAGAAAAAGAACAAAACGAAAAAAGAAAGAGGCGAAAGGUUUUUUUGUUUUUUUUUUACAUUUUUUUUAAGUGCAGCUAAUAAAUGUGCAAUGUAUAACAUAGCCUGUCUGAAAACAUACACACUAUAAAGCUCAUUUUGUCCUCCGUGCCAUGACGCAAACUACGUACACUCGCAGCGACGCCACUACGUUGUUUUUGUUUUUUUAAACUCGCUUGUUUGGCACACGUUUCCAUGACAACCGCCGCUGCAAACGUCGGCGACUUCACAACUCGGCUGUAAAUAGACGGGAGCUUGCGCAUGUAAACCUCACCAAACAACUCGUGAUUCGAUUCAGAAUCGAUUUCUCGAUUCAAACGGAUUCUCGCAAUAUAUUAUUUGGUAUAAACAUUAUAAAACAUUGUCAAACAGGUUACUGAUUAUUAGAGUGCUGAGUAAGCUCGAAGAUCAGCUAAAAAAAACAUGUUUUUAUCAAUUGAAUAAUCAAUCCAUCAUUUUCAAGAUUUGAUUUUAAUUAUUAUUUUUUUAAGCAGUUAAUAAUUGUCAAGAAUCGCUAAAAAAAAAAAAAAAUCGGAUUAAGAAUCACGAUUCCGAUGUAAGUAGAUUUUUUUAACACCCUAACGCAU